CACAGCUCCACAGCACACUCAACAUGAAGUUCUUCGUGGUUGCCGCCCUGCUGGCCGUUGCCGCCGCCGACAGCGCGCCCUCCUACGCGCCCAGGCCCGCCUACCACCCCCAGCCGGCCUACAAGCCCGCUCCCUACCACCAGGACAGCUACGACCAGCCGCCCAAGUACGACUACAGCUACGACGUCCACGGAUACGGAGACUACGAGCCCGUCUUCAACGCCCAGGAGGCGCGUGACGGCUACGCCACCCAGGGAUCUUACUCGGUUGUGCUGCCCGACGGCCGUACCCAGACGGUCACCUACCGUGUGGAUGACGCCUACUCUGGCACUGUUGCUGACGUCACCUACGAGGGUGAGGCUCGCUACGACGAGUACAAGCCCAGCUACAAGCCCAGCUACCCUCAGCAGAGCUACAAGCCCACCUACAAGCCCGCCUACGGCAACCCAAGCUCCCAAGAGACUGCCACUAGCUACCGGGUACCUUCAGCAAGUUACGCGGCCCCGACUGCGACACCCGCGUACAAUGUGGCGGUUACCCAGACCAAGAUAGCAUCUGGCUACCAACAACCCACGUCCAGCUUCUCAUCACCCACAGCGCACUCACAAGGCAGUAACUCGGCAAAGUAUGAAUACAGAUAUCGAGUCGACGGAGAUGGGUACACAUCACCCAAGUUCAGCGCACAGGAGGCGCGUGACGGAUACGCCACCCAAGGAUCUUACUCGGUUGUGCUGCCCGACGGCCGUACCCAGACGGUGACUUACACAGUAAACGGUGACCAGGGCUAUGUGGCUAAGGUGACGUACGACGGUGAAGCCAUGUACCCAGAUGCUACCAAAAAGAAAACGUAUGAAACGGUAGCCACUUACAGGCCCAAACCUUCCUACCAGUCAUCCACUCCCAAAGCCCCAACUCAGAUCUAUCAGUCCGCCGCUACACCGGCUUUACCAUACCAGCCCGCCCCUACACCCGAUCCCUCCUACCAGCCGGCACCCUCCCCCAACCAGCAUACGACCGGACACCCGCCCGGCGCCCACCCACCUGCGCGCUGCGCGCUGCUGGCGCAGCGCGACGCCAGCGCUAAGCGGCGCGGCGCCGAACUAGAAACUCAGUACAUCAAACAGAUGGCGCCAGACAGUCCAGUGCAGUUCUUCGUGGUUGCCGCCCUGCUGGCCGUUGCCGCCGCCGACAACGCGCCCUACACCACUCCGGCGCCCACCUACGCCCCGACCUACAAGCCCACCUACGCGCCCAGGCCCGCCUACCACCCCCAGCCGGCCUACAAGCCCGCUCCCUACAAGCAGGAGAGCUACGACCAGCCGCCCAAAUACGACUACAGCUACGACGUCCACGGAUACGGAGACUACGAGCCCGUCUUCAACGCCCAGGAGGCGCGUGACGGCUACGCCACCCAGGGAUCUUACUCGGUUGUGCUGCCCGACGGCCGUACCCAGACGGUCACCUACCGUGUGGAUGACGCCUACUCUGGCCUCAUUGCUGACGUCACCUACGAGGGUGAGGCCCGCUACGACGAGUACAAGCCCAGCUACAAGCCCGCCCCGGCCUACAAGCCCGCCCCGGCUUACAAGCCCGCCCCAACCUACAAGCCCGCCCCUACCUACAAGCCCACCCCCGCCUACAACUAGAGCCAAGUCAAUAUUGAGCUUACUUUAAUGUUUGCCAACGCGUGCAGUGUCUCUUAUGUAUGCCUGUGUAUUUAUUGAAAAGCGAAUGCGAGUCAAUAAAAAAAAAUGAUUACA